CGCAGUGACAGACUGGACGGGUGAAGCAGGCGUUGGAGUUGGCUUCGGUGAAGGGAGCUGAUGUGGCCGGAGCGGAGGCGCCAUCACGGCCCGAGUCCUGGUUAAUGCAAAGCGCAGCAGGGAACCGCCAGAAUGAAACGAGGAAGGAAAACCAAUGAGGCCAACAGCAGUUCCUCUGAAGAGACAACUGAGAAAGAAUCAAAGAGGCAGAAGGUUAUUAAAGAUGAGAAAAACAUAGUUGUGCAGAGUCCUGACUGGGCGAACCUUCUUCAAGACAUUAUCCUGCAGGUGUUUCAGUACUUGCCCCUUCUGGAUCGUGCUCAUGCAUCACAGGUCUGCAGAAGCUGGAACCAAGUGUUUCAUAUGCCUGAUCUCUGGAGAUGUUUCGAGUUUGAACUGAAUCAACCAGCUACAUCUUACUUGAGGGCUACUCAUCCUGAACUAAUCAAGCAAAUAAUAAAGAGGCAUUCCAAUCACCUGCAGUAUGUAAGCUUCAAGGUGGACAGUAGCAAGGAAUCUGCAGAAGCAGCUUGUGAUAUUUUAUCACAACUUGUAAAUUGCUCUCUGAAAACACUUGGGCUAAUUUCAACUGCCCGGCCAAGCUUCAUGGAUUUACCAAAGUCCCACUUUAUUUCUGCACUGACGGUGGUGUUUGUAAAUUCCAAGUCACUCUCUUCACUUAAGAUUGAUGAUACACCAGUAGAUGAUCCAUCUCUCAAAGUGCUGGUGGCUAACAACAGUGACACACUCAAACUAUUGAAAAUGAGCAGUUGUCCACAUGUUUCUCCAGCUGGUAUCCUUUGUGUGGCUGACCAGUGUCAUGGCUUACGUGAGUUGGCACUGAACUACCACCUUCUGAGUGAUGAGCUUCUGCUUGCUUUGUCUUCUGAAAAACACGUCAGGUUAGAACACUUACGCAUUGAUGUUGUCAGUGAAAAUCCUGGACAGACUCAGUUCCACACAAUUCAGAAGAGCAGCUGGGACGCUUUCAUCAAGCAUUCUCCUAAAGUAAAUUUAGUAAUGUACUUUUUCUUAUAUGAAGAAGAGUUUGACCCGUUCUUUCGUUACGAAAUACCUGUCACUCAUCUGUACUUUGGAAGAUCAGUAAGCAAAGACGUACUUGGUCGCGUUGGGAUGACAUGUCCUCGGUUAGUGGAACUGGUGGUUUGUGCCAAUGGAUUGCGGCCGCUGGAUGAGGAGCUGAUCCGUAUUGCGGAACGUUGCAAGUAUCUGUCAGCUGUUGGCCUAGGAGAAUGUGAAGUCUCUUGCAGUGCCUUUGUUGAGUUUGUGAAGAUGUGUGGCGGUCGUCUCUCUCAGCUUUCUAUUAUGGAGGAAGUUCUGAUUCCUGAUCAGAAAUACAGCUUAGAGCAAAUUCACUGGGAAGUUUCAAAGCAUCUUGGUAGAGUCUGGUUCCCAGACAUGAUGCCCACAUGGUGAAGUCCUUGAAAGACUUCAGGGCAGAUGGAAUAGCACCUUAAACCCAAGCUUACCCUGUUGCAAUUUACUGAAUAAGCUUAUUUAAUACUAUAGUUCUUACUGUAAGUUACUUCACUGUUUGACUAGAAAAAUGAUUUUUUUCAUUGAAAAAUUAUUUCUAAAGUCCAGGUUCCAAACCAGAAAUCACGGAUAGCUCCAAACGCCUUUUUCAUCCAAACAUAAACCUGUGUUCGGGUUUAGAUUUGAUCUUUCUCAUUGACAGUGACUUCAUACAUUUAUGGAAAUAAAAAAGUGUAUUUAAAAACAGUGACAUGUACUUGCCAAAUGCCAAGUUUUAAUACACUUCUUUGGUUUAGUAUUGAACAUGAUCACAUUUGAUUUAAAAGAAAAAAAAAGCCACCAAAAUUGCAUGCUUCUGUUGCAUACUAGAGCACUUUUAAAUCCAGUCACCUAGGUGACAAGAUCUAGAUUGAGUAGUAUAUAGUAGGCUGUGAAAUAUACAUGUUCUUUUAUAUAAAAGUCAAAAAAGGCAAGAGCAAUACACAGUAGUAGAGUUUAGACAAAAUACUAAGUUUGCUAUUUUAUUCCAUAGAUUAGAGCCAUCUAAAAUGUAUUUAGAGAGCAAAUAGCAGUGCAAGAUACCAAAAGUGAUGCAGGUGUUUUGUUUUUCCCCCCCCCCUUCUCCACCCUGUGCAUUUUAAUGUAGUUUGCUUAUGGGAUCUCAGAUCUGUGUCUAAACCUGUUUUAAGGUAUUUUAUGUCUAGCUCAGGAAGCGAAAGCAUUCUGAGGAAAACUGUAGAUACAUUGUAUUAAAAACACAUUGGAGUUAAUGAGCUUUUCUUACACAUUAACCAGUUUUGCAGCAUGUGGUUAGAUGGACUCUAAUGUAUAGUUUAUUAAAUGAACCCUGCAGUGUUAAAUGCGAUGACAUGGAUGUGGACAGGGUGAGACAAGAAAGCUAAAAUCUGAAUGGUGACCAAGAACAUUUUAACUAAAAUCUUAAGACUUUUUGGCUGCUUUCAGUUUGAGGGAAAUUACAUUGUAACAGUUGCUUACACUGUACAAACUAAUUGUAUACUGUAAAUCUGUUUGGGAAAUGUUUAUGUAUAAAGUGAAUGUUUGAUGAUCAUUUUGUAUAGCAUUAAUUCAGCUAGUUCAAUCAUUUCAUGAUAUCUGAAAACCUAAAAGCAGUAAACUCGCGUGAAGUAGAGCAAUAGGCAGAGAUUUGUUUUGAGUAUUUGGUAAGUCACUUUUAUUAAAGAAAGUUUUUAGUCCAUGCAUGGUGUAGGCAAUGUAUUGCCUGUGAUCCAGAUGUGGCUUGCGACUUCAUUUCUUAGCACCAAGUUCACAUUAUUUUUUCUCUUCUCCAUUCUGGACUGGUAACACUAAAGUAUUCAUGCAACUGUUGAAUGUGUUUGAGAGGUGUGGUCAUCACACCGGCAAGGCAAAGCUGCUCCAGCUGUGGGCUAUACCAAACUCAGCUGGGGACUGAUUCUCAUUUGAGCUGUACAGCUGGUUCUGGUAAGAAGUAGAUUUUCUUCAUUUCUGAUUUCAGUAAUGUUGAUGCAAAUGUAUAGUUAAGUGUAAUACACUUAUGAGCAUACUAAAGUUUAUAUUUUGAGCAAACAUUGCUCGGUGGACUGGACAUCUUUAUAGGGGAGUUGUAUGUUUCUGUAGAGCUUUGAUUUAAAAUUCUCAUUUUAUGAAAUACACGGGUUUUGUAUUAGAAUUUGUUAAAUUCGUGUAAUGCCAUAAUUUGCUUUUAUUUGUA